GAAUUGAUGGAGAUUAAGCCUUGAUUUUUAUUAUUAUUAUUUUAUGAAUUAUUUAAAUUUUGAAUAUCCAUGAAACACAGGAAGUCAAAGUCAACCUAAUCAUGACAGAUUACUGCAUGCCUGGAAUGAGUGGCUAUGAUCUACUCAAACGACUCAAGGGAUCUUACUGGAAAGAUAUUCCUGUUGUUGUCAUGUCAUCAGAGAACGAGCCUUCAAGAAUCAACAUGUGUUUGGAAGAAGGGGCAGAGGAAUUCCUUUUGAAGCCUCUUCAACUUUCCGACGUGAAGAAGCUCGAGCCUCACCUUCAAAAGUCCCUCACUCGCUGUUCUGCAGAAAUAAAGGAAGAACAAACCGUUGGAUUUGGAAUUGAAAUCGGAAUCGGAAUCGGAAUCGGAAUCACUGAUUCCGAUGUCGUCGACGGCGGAAACAACUCAGAUAGUAACAAGAACGACAAUAGCGAUCUGAAAGGCGACCGAAGCUGAAAGAAUUGCAAGGUGGAGCAUAAGAAAUGGUGCAAUAUUGGCAGGUAGCAUUUCGUCGAACACCUUUCCUGCAAUAUAAAAUGGCUUGUAUACCGAUCGUGUUUGAUGAUCAGUGCCUCCCAAAAUGGGAUGUGUUGGAGCGUAAAUCAAUCUAGGGUUUACAACUCGGAUUAAAAUUAUCAAAUGAAAUUUCCAUUUUGUCUCUA